AUGAAGAAGCUUAAGGGUCUUGGAGCUGGGCUAUUGUCUGUUUGGCUAUCUGGGUUUCUCUUAAUCGCUCUCUCCUUCUACGGUACUCAGCUUCUUUCUCCUUCUUCCCUCGAUGAUCGAUCUUUGUUUGCACGCGUCUCCAUUUCUCCAAGAAUCACCAUUUUCACUGCUCUUAAUGGCUCCUCCUCUUUGGAAGAAGAAAAUACCAAAGCUUUACUCUGUAUUCGUUCAUGGCUCGCUUUGUCUUCUCAAGUCACUGUUGUGUUAUUCACUCAACACAUCUCUUCUUCUUCCUUCACCGACAAAUUUGGUUCUCGUCUUCUUCUCGAUUCCACCAUUGAUUUCACGUUUCUUGGUACUCCAUUUGUACACUCCAUGCUGGCUAGAAGUGAAGCUUAUGUAUCAGAUAUAGCUGUUCUGAUGGAUCCAGAGACUGUUCUACUGCCAGAUUUCGUUUCGGCUUUGAAUUACGCUCACGACGUUGACCGUGAUUGGCUUCUCGUUUCUUCGUCAGUGGAAAUUCCCCGUUUCCCGUUCCAUUGGGACGAGAAGGGACAUUUCUGGCGUCAGGAGAAUAGGAGAAGAGUGAGAUUUGGUGAGUUGCAGAAGAUGAUAAGUAUGCGGAGUUGGAAAUCGAAUUCUAGCGAAAGGAAAAUGAUUUUGGCAUGGAAUAACAUGGAUGUGCCCUUGCAUUGUGGAGUCGUUCCACCAUUUUUGUAUCAAAGAGGAACUUACAAUCAAUGGAUCGUUAACGAGGCGAUGUCAUGUAAACAAAGGUUUGUGUUUGAUGCCACUUCGACCAUAUCGAGCUUUUGCCUAAGCAAUGCAGAGAACAAGUAUAAUAGGAGUGAUAAUGUCUUAGAACCGCAAACAAGAAACUGGGAAUAUAUAGGAAACUCCCGUCUCGGGCAGCUCUACGGGUCAUUGUUCUUCAAUGACAACAAGUCUUCUACUCUACCAAAGCUUUUGAAGUGCAACAAGCGGUAUAUAUUUGUUAGUGCUUCAGAUCGUUCCAAUGAUUCGUCUAUACCGAAAGGAAACACUGGCUUAAAUGUUGGAUUUCGGACGCGUGAGAAGAUCUCAGCUUGUAUCAGCAGAAGUAAAUCGCGAAGCUUGAAAAUAGAUUUUGUGCAGAACGAUCAGGCAUUGCCACUAUUGAAGUUUCCUUUUGACCUUGAGUCUCUUCUCCCAUUAGUUGCAGACAAGAACAGAACUGUUGUUCUUUCAAUUGCUGGGUAUAGCUAUAAGGACAUGCUUAUGAGUUGGGUCUGCAGGUUACGCCGCCUCGCAGUUUCAAAUUUCUUAGUGUGUGCCCUUGAUGAUGAAACUUAUCAGUUUUCUAUAUUGCAGGGUCUGCCAGUUUUCGUUGAUCCAUACGCCCCGAAGAACAUUAGCUUCAAUGAUUGCCACUUUGGAUCGAAGUGUUUCCAGAAAGUGACCAAAGUUAAGUCAAGAACAGUUUUGAAGAUACUGAAGCUGGGCUAUAACGUUCUCUUGAGCGAUGUAGAUGUGUAUUGGUUCAGAAACCCGUUGCCUCUGCUUCACUCUUUCGGUCCUUCUGUUCUCGCCGCACAAUCCGACGAAUACAACACAACAGCACCGAUAAACCGACCAAGACGCUUGAAUUCGGGAUUCUACUUUGCACGUUCUGAUGAACCGACAAUAGCAGCAAUGGAGAAAGUGGUGAAGCAUGCUGCAACCUCAGACCUAUCGGAGCAGCCAAGCUUCUACGAUACAUUAUGUGGAGAAGGCGGAAUUCAUCGCUUGCGAGACGAUAGAUGCGUUGAGCCAGAGACAAACCUGACCGUUCAAUUCUUGAACAGAGACUUGUUCCCGAACGGAGCUUAUGGAGAUCUAUGGCUGAAGAAAGAUGUUAGAGCAGAGUGUGAGAAGAAGCAUUGCUUCGUGCUACACAACAACUGGAUCAGUGGGAGAUUGAAGAAACUCGAACGCCAAAUGAUGAAAGGUCUAUGGGAAUAUGAUGCAUCCAUGAGGAUGUGUGUGUUGAGAUAA